AUGCUGCGCUGUUGCUUCGGCGGGCAGCCAACAAGAGCAGCUCGUACUGCGUCAGGAAACUGCAAUCUUUCUGGUGGUGCUAUCGUAAUUGACGACGAGGAUUGGUCAUACUCAUACUCAUACACGCUCAAGAUAGCCGGAUACUCAAGAACCAAGGAGCUGCUCGAGACCAGCAAGUACGCAAGAUCUACGCCUUUCACUGUUGGAGGCCAUGUUUUGGCCGUACGUUAUUACCCAAACGGUUACAAGGAUGCUGCUGAUUUCGCAUCUAUUUUCCUAGUUCUUGUUGAUUCUACGGGCGCCAAGGAUGUGAAGGCGAAAUGCACGUUCAGUGUGCUCGACGAGGCCGGGUUGCCAGUGCCUUCUUUCACCCGUACCUACACCUCCGCAUGUACCUUCACAGGAAAAGAUUCCAGCUGGGGCUACCCCGAAUUUAUCAACAAGGCCGAUCUGGAGGGAUCGCCGCACCUCAUAGACGAUUGUUUCGCCAUCAGAUGCGAUGUCACCGUCUUGAAGGAGAACCGUAGCGAGGAAAUUAAAAAGUGUAGUAAACAGUUUGUGGUGGUUCCUCGGAGCAGCCUGCGCCGGCAACUUAGUGGCCUCCUAAACAGCAUGGAUGGUGCGGACGUCACCUUCCACGUCGGCGGGGACAAGUUCCCGGCCCAUAGGUCCGUGCUCGCUACUCGCUCCUCCGUCUUCAAGGCCGAGCUCUUGGGCUCCAUGAAGGAGAAUGCCAGCGAUCCACUUGUAGAGAUCAAGGAUAUGGACAGCGACGUGUUCAAGUCAUUGCUGCAUUUCAUAUACACGGACGACUCGCCGUCUGAGAUGGCCUGUGAAUACGCGGUGAUGGCUGGCCAUUUACUCGUCGCAGCUGACAGGUACAAUGUCGAGAGGUUGAAACUGAUAUGCAAGGACAAGUUGUGCAAACACAUUGACUCCAACACCGUGGCCACUAGCUUAGCUUUAGCUGAACAACAUAGAUGCCCUGAACUAAAGGAAGCUUGCUUUGAGUUCCUUGUCUCUCCUUCCAAUUUUGAGGCUAUGGUGGCAAGUGAUGGUUAUGAGCAUCUGAAGAGCAGUUGCCCGUCCGUUCUCAAGGAGCUGAUUGCUAGAUUCCUGCCCGCUGAGCUAAAAGCGGCCAAGGAUAUCAUCAUGAAAUUUUAA